AUGCACUUCCUGACUCAAAUUUCCACGCUUGCGCUCAGUGCAGCCACCUAUACUGCGGCAUUGCCAAUCCCGGUCCAUGACCAGAGCUUCGUCGUCACCUCGAAGGCUGCUACCACCAACUCCACAAAUCUAGCCAAACGCGACGCCAGCAUCUGCUACGUCUGCGGCCACGGCUUCGAUGACUUCACCGUCAGUCACUUCAUAUCCAAAUUCUGUGUCGAGGGUCUCCAAGGAUUCCCCAGUGCGCAGCAGGUCUACCCCGACCUCUUCUAUACCAGCCAAGAGAUGGGUCAGCUCUCUCUUGCACUUCGAGCCAGCCCAGAUCCUAGCUGUCCGAAAGUAACUUACAUGACAGUGGAUGAGUGCAAGGCGAAUUUCGCAAAGAUUGGGGAAUCUUGCAACGUGGGCGAGGAGACCAAGCAGGGAGGAGCGUGGAGGACAGCAUGUUUGGACUUUGAGAUCAAUCCGAACUUAAAGGGAUCGACGGAGAGUAGUUGUGGCGCGGACACUAUUUGGUCGCGUGGGGCUUGA